GACCUUGGGGACUUCGUAAAGCUCUACAUAAAUCACAGACCUGCAUUUGGAUUAUGCUUAAAUGAGCUACAACAGGCAUUUCAAGUUCUUGGUUUCACUAACGAGAAAGGGGAACUGGCUGUAAACAGAGGAGAUUUACUGCAACUUCUGCAGACAAGAGGUGAGCAUAUGACAGAAGAAGAGCUUGCAGAAUAUCUUACAACCUUGUUGGGAUUAAAUCCUGAAGGUGGAAGUUCAGAGUUGGGCAUCUAUAAUUCUACAGGUGCAGCGGAAUUGCUUGAACAUGAAAUCCCAGAGGAAAUUACAGCAGAUCAAUUCACUGUGGAGAUUCUUGGUUUACCGAUCCAGACAGCUGACAAGAAUGAAGAGCACUCUCAAAUUCCAGAGGGUGCCUCAUGA